CUCUCUCUCUCUCUCUCUCUCUCUGUCCCGACAGCUUCAUGCGAAUUCAGUAUCUGCCUGAAUUGUCUUUGCAAAUAAACGUAGGCAAAGCUUUGGCAACUUUCACUGACUGAUUUAAAUAUAAAACAGCAAAUGCCAAGAAAAUUGAAGAGUGCAACUAAGGUCUUAUUGAAAAUCCAAAGGAGGGAAAGUCUGUGAUGUUGCAACUCUAGACAAGGUUAAAGGUGUUCUCUUUCUGAACACGGAGGGUUGCUUCAUUUGGUACCGCUAACUGGACAUUAAUUCAUCACAGCAAGGGAAGCACUUUACUUCAUUGAGCUCAUUGGUUGCUCUUCUUCCUUUGUGGUACUCUUUGCACUAUGUGGAGAUUUCAGAUUUACUUUUGGAUUCUACAAGUGUUUACACCCAGCUGUGGAUCUCAAUCUGGCCAGGAUUAUUAUGAGUACUAUAAGGAGGGGGAAGAAGCUGAGGGGCAGUUAGGCAGUGAUCUGGUGGAACGGCUGCAGUUUGUCUCGAGUGUGGAUGAUCUGCUGGACCUCCUAUUCCCAGAGUACCGCCUUCUCCAGCAGUGCCUGCACAGGAGGGCUGCUCUCUUACCCCAUGAACUCGAACAUGAAGAGACAGCUUGGGGCUAUGUGAAGGAGGCUCCGCUGUACGUAGGAGGAAUGACUGAGGAGAGCUUACAAAGUAUCAUGCUGGAAUAUGAAAAGACACAAUGCACUCCUAGAGAAGUGUGCCUGGACAUCACCAAGGAGUUCCCUGAGAGCACAGUUCACUUCUACAAGCCAUCUUGUGUGUCUGUGCAUCGCUGUGGAGGCUGCUGCAAUCAUGAGGGCUGGCAUUGCACCAACAGCAGCCACAACUACAGCAUAAAAACACUUCUUGAGUUCACAGUUCCUCCGUCUGGACACCCGGAGAUAGUUAUGGUCAGCUUUGUAAACCACACAUCUUGUGAGUGCAAAUCCAAAAGCAACCCAACCAGACCACCCCACUCCAUCAUCAGGAGGUCGACAAAGGACAAACUUGCUCUAUGUGCUGGGACAGACUCAACCUGCCCUGCUGGUCUGUCCUGGGACCCUGUUGACUGUCAGUGUGUUCCAGAUGACAUGAGCACAUUUGGAUCCCUGAGCGAGGCUCUGGCUGACUUUUGCGGACCUCGAAUGAGGUUUGAUGAGGAGAGCUGUCGGUGUGUGUGCCGAAACGGGCUGACCCAGUCGAGUUGUGGAGCCAGGCAGCGGCUGGACGAGGCCUCGUGCAAGUGCAUCUGUGGUGAGGAUUCAGGCCCCGAGUCCUGCCGGCCUGAUCAGAGCUGGGAUGAGAAGCAGUGCAGCUGUGUCUGCAGGGAGAGCUGUCCAAGCAGACAGCCCCUGAACCCAGUUACCUGCCAGUGCGAGUGCAAAGAGAGCGACGCCACCUGUCUGCUUCUGGGGAAGAAAUUCAACCCCAAUGCUUGCAGCUGUUACCGGCUACCCUGUAGGACUCAGAGCAGAAGAUGUGCAUCUGGAUUUUAUUUCAGCCACUAUGUCUGUCACUGCAUACCGAACUACAUGAGAUCUUACGAACUGGCUUGAUGGAACAAGAUGGCAUGUGCAUCUGCAGAGUCCUGUUUAGCACUUCAGAAAAAAAUAAACAGAAAAAGGUCAAGAAGACAUCUGCAAUUGGUGAAAACAAAAACUACACAGUGAACUAUGCUGUGGGUCUCACUUCAGCAUGUAUGAUCUGAAGAGAAGGACACUAAGGUGUGAAUUCCUGGGGAAACUUACCAUGCUUUACAAUCUGAAGCAUGAAACGUGAAAUUAUCAACUAAGCAAAAUCAUGGUAUUUAUUACAAAGUACGCACUUUGGAACCAGUAAACUAAAGGUUGUAGCUAUUAUGUGUUAAAUAAAAGAUAAAUAAUUAGAUUUCAGCAGCUAUUCUUUAAUAUACAAAAUGGCGUGCACUUAUGCCUGUUUCACAAGUUUGUGUUCUCUAAUCAUACAUUGCCAUGUCUACCAGUGCAUACUACCGGUCAUAUUGAUUAAAGGAUAUAUUAUUUAUAGCAGGGUUUGAAAUUAUCAGAGGCCAAU